AUGGGUGGUAACCAUGAUAUUUGGAAAUAUUUUACAAAAAUUGGUCCAGAUAAAAACUUUAAGCAAGGACGUGCCCAAUGUAAUUACUGCGAUCAUAAAUGUAAUGAAUCAGUAGUAAGAUGUGAAGGACAUUUAAAAGUAUGUGAUUAUGCUGAUUUAGAAACCAAACAACAAUAUUUUGGAUCUACAUUUCAAGAACCAAAUUUCUCAGUCUGA